AGUGAAAGUGUCGGGCGUGUAUGGCUCUCCCGCUGUAGGCAGGGUUGGAGCAUGUGUCGGUCGAUGCGGCUCAUGGCCGCCGUCCGGCGUCAUCGCCAAGACCCUGACCUCGGACAGCUUGCUACCUAACCUUCACUACUACUAUCACUGCGCGCUAUAUCUCACCCGAAUCGCUGCGCUAUUCCAAGACCCAAGUCAGCAUCCGGAUACACUUCUACACCUUUGAUAAUCUGCAAACCAUCCCUCAACUGGGCGUGCCUCAACACCAUGGCGGGCUGGUUCGGGUCCUCGACCACGAGCGCGCUCGACGAGCAGAUCGAGCGCGCCACAUCUUCGAGCUUAGAGGAUAUGCCCCUCAAUCUCGAGAUAUCCGACGUUAUUCGGUCCAAGACAGUGCAGCCUAGAGAUGCCAUGCGCGCAUUGAAGAAGAGGAUAGGGAACAAGAACCCCAACGUUCAACUCGCCACUCUGAAUCUUACCGACACGUGCGUUAAGAACGGCGGCGCCCACUUCAUCCAAGAGAUAGCCUCACGGGAGUUCCUCGACAACCUGACGUCCCUGUUGAAGGCACCUCCAACCGUCGCGCCCAAUAAUGAUGUCAAGAAAAAGAUGCUCGAGCUUAUACAAUCAUGGGCGACUGCUGCUGAAGGGCGCCACAACCUGAGCUACAUCAACGAGGUCUACCACAGUCUGCAACGGGAAGGCUACCACUUUCCUCCCAAGGAGAACAUCUCCAGCAGCAUGCUAGAUAGUAGUGCGCCCCCAGAGUGGACCGACUCCGACGUUUGCAUGCGAUGCCGCACGCCCUUCACCUUCACCAACCGAAAGCACCACUGUCGCAAUUGCGGAAACGUCUUCUGUGGCGCGUGUUCGAGCAAAAGCAUCCCGUUACCCCAUCUCGGCAUCAUGGACCCUGUGCGUGUCGACGAUGGAUGUCAUGCGAAGCUUACCGAGAGAUCGAGAGGAACACCGCUUUCAAGGGUCUUCGAUACGCCCAGACCACAACGGACACUGUAUCAGGGUUCAAUGGAGCCGCGCAAUGCGCGCGUCGAGGACAGCUUCGAUGCAGACUUGAAGCGAGCGCUGGAGAUGAGUUUGGACGAAGCCAAGGGCAACAGUUCUUCUGGCUUUGUGUCCCAGGCGCAAUUGCAGCAGUCCAAGCCGACCAAUGGAACAACAAAAAAGCAGCCUGAAGAGGAGGAAGAUGCCGACUUGGCUGCCGCUAUUGCAGCUUCUUUAGCGGACAUGGAGGAACAGAAGAAGAAAUACUCCACGACCUUCCGGGAACAGGCUUCCAACGCAAGCGGAUCAGCACCUUUUGUUGCGCCCAAAAACGACUAUGAGCUCACUCCGGUCGAAGCGGAGAAUAUCAAUCUGUUCUCUACACUGGUGGACCGGUUACAACACCAGGCCCCUGGCACUAUUCUCAGGGAGCCACAAAUACAGGAGCUGUACGAGAGCAUUGGGAAACUGAGACCGAAACUUGCGCGCACCUAUGGCGAGACUAUGAGCAAGCAUGACACACUACUUGACCUACACGCCAAGCUAUCUACAGUUGUCAGGUACUACGAUCGCAUGCUCGAGGAAAGACUGUCGAGCACAUACAACCAGGCCAACGCCAUGUAUGGUCUGCCUGCUUCCACACAACGGCCGGCGUCCAACCUAUACCCCAGCAUACAGCAGUCAGGAGCGCCAGAUGGGUCUGGAGAGAACUACUACUCAGGAAACGCGGCCCCUUCAAGUGCUUACGGACAACCCCAAUCGCAAUACGGUGGCGGCUACCAAGCUCCAUACCCCAGUUUCGACAAGCGUCCACAGUCGUAUGCUCCGCCUCAGGAUCAAUAUCAACAACCAUCGCAACCAUACCCUAACCUUGCACAACCGCCACCGAAUACUUCGUAUCCAAAUCCAGCCUCGCCACAACUACAGCGCCAAGUUUCGAAUCAGCAAUAUCCCCCACAACAGUCUUCUGCAUAUCCACCACAAGCACCACCUUCCGACGCGGAAAGCGCAAGCUUCUACUAUGGUGACAGCGCUGCUGCGCAACCCUCUCAACCCCCCAUGCAACGUACUCAAAGCUACGGCUCUCAACCUUCGCAGCAACAGCAACCUCCUUCUCCGCAAGCAUAUGCUCGUGCUCCACCGCAGCAAACGCCCAUUUCACCACCCGCACAACCUACGACUGCGUGGCAGAACCCACCAUACCCCAGACAAGACCAGCCACAAGCUUCUCAGCAGGCGCCGCAACAAGCACCCCCACAGCAGCAACAGCAACAGCAGGCUCCACAGCAGUCAGCGCUGCCGCCACAACAGUACUGGCAACAGCAGCAACAAGCGCCUCAGCAGGCUCCACAGUCUUCGGCGUGGCAGGCAGCACCUUACGCGACAGGUGGGUAUGGACCUGAGAGUUUCCCAUCUGCACCGCAGAAUCAGUUGCCCGCUCAACAGCAGAAGGUUGCCGAUGAGCCUUUGAUUGAUUUGUAGAGAGGUAGACUGGGCUCUUUCCCGAGCUAAAGGUUUGCUUUGGGAAAAUGACCAGCAAGUUCUGGGUUACGCGCUUCGUAAUGGAACGGCGCGAUUGACCGUCUCCAAAAAGACUGGUGACAGGAUCGUUCUUUGAGCUUCGUCAUCGUUUGUAGGCAUUUACGUCUUAACAUAAUCUCAAAUAUCACCGGCGUAACACCAACUUUGCGCCGUCUUCAACAACCGAUAAUGACGUGCAGACGAAUAUAUCUGUAACUAUACAUGUUCUCCAUACUUUCUACUUGCACACUUAUGUAAAUCGAUAAGCCUCU